AUGGUGGACCAGUUUACAAAAUGGGUAGAAUGUGUGCCAUUACCAAAUCAAUCAGCUGAGGAAACGGCGAGGGUAGCAAUCAACCAGUUUUUCUGUCCUUUUGGAUUCCCUUACCAAAGUUUUACAGAUAUAGGUUCUAACUUUGAGAGUACUCUGUUCAAACAACUUUGUGACAGAUUACAGAUUUGCAAGGCAAGAACAACAGCUUUUAAACUGUCUGCAAAUGGGCAAGUAGAGCGUUUUAACAGAACCCUCAUGGAUGCUCUGAGAUGUUUUACAAGUAGAUUUCCAGCACAGUGGAAUAAGUUCUUGCCACAACUGGCAAGUGCUAUAAGAUCCUCUGUCAAUCGAAGUACAGAGUUUACGCCAAAUAUGUUGAUGCUUGGACGAGAAAUUAAUAGCCCUUUGGAUUUGAUUUUUCCGGGUCCAGAACCAAGUGAUAAAGUAUAUUACGAACAAUAUGUCACAAAUCUAGUGCGGAAUGUACAAGCCACUCAUGAUUUGGCUCGUGAAAAGUUGCGAAGUAGUCAAGCUAUUGCUAAGCGUGACUUUGAUCUGAAAACUUUUACACGGUCAUAUUCUGUUUGUGAUGCUGUAUAUAUCUUAAACACAUCAACACCAAAAGGUAAAUGCUCAAAGUUAAGACCCAAAUGGAAGGGGUCAGGGUGCUCGACAGAGAUGACAGGCAAGAAAAGUCUGUUCUGUCUACGCCGUGGCCCUGACAAUGGAGACUUUAUGAUACAAUGUGAAGAGUCCAUGUCUGACAGAGAAGAGACGACAAAGCGGGCCUGGAAAGAAGCAGGAAGUUCAAGACAGCGACCCAAGGCCAACAAAUUUGAGGCUCUUAUAAAGCCAGGCGAGAGUCUGAUGGACUGUGUCCGCCGCUUUUCUGAUAACCACAUCAUGGUGAAGCCUAAAAGUCUGUACAUGCAUCUAGUUACACAAAGUAAUGAUGAUUUGAAGAAAGGAUCGGUCCUCCAAUACAAAGUUGCCAAGACAUUGGGUUUAAACAUUGGAUUCAUGAGAUGA